AUGGUGGCAGUCUGCAACCAUAACUUAGUUUUUACAGACUGUUAUUGUGGCUUCCCUGGUUCUGUUCAUGAUGCCAGAGUUUUCAGAAAUUCUGAAGUGAUUCAGAAACUUAAUGAUUCUUCCUUAUCAGAUUAUCACAUUGUGGGAGAUGCUGCCUACCCACUUAUGGUUAUGGUGUCAUUGAUGGUACCAUUUAAAAAUAAUGAUCACCUAACUGCUCAAAUGCAUACAUAUAAUAAUAAGCUGUCAAAAAGCAGAAUUGUUAUUGAGAGGAGCUUUGCAUUAUUAAAAGGAAGAUUUAGACGGUUAAAAUAUUUUGAUGCAAAUAAAACAUCAAUGUUGCCUCUCUACAUAUUAUCAGCCUGUGUACUUCAUAACAUCUGUUUGAUGGCAGGGGAUGAUUUUGAUGAAUUUGACACAGUUAAUUGUGAUGAUGAAACUCUUGAAACAGAAUCAUCUAAUAUACAAUAUAACAGUGCUGCUCAAAGAAAAAGACAACAUAUUUCUGAUAGUUUCUAA